AGUAAAAUUAUCGUCACCGUUGUUGUUCUCCCAUACCCCCAACCGCUACUCCGAGUCUCCGACUCAUAAUAACAAUGCUUCGAAGUCUUACGCUUGCAACCUCUUCUUCUUCAUCUCUCCUCAUUUCUAAACCUUUCUUGUCUCUCUCUCCAAAGCUCCCUCUCUCUUUCUCUCCCCUUUCUAUCCCUUUCCCUCAAACCAAACGAUCCGUUUCUCUCCACAGGGCCCCCAUGAACAUCCUCAAAAACCUCGGCUUCGGAGCCAAGCCCGCCCCGUCAAUGGAAAACUCGGCCAUCGCUCAGGGUCCAGACGACGACGUCCCGGCUCCCGGUCAGCAGUUUGCUCAGUUCGGUGCGGGGUGCUUUUGGGGCGUUGAAUUGGCGUUCCAGAGAGUUCCCGGGGUGACCAAAACGGAGGUUGGGUAUAGCCAAGGGUUCAUGCAUAAUCCGAGUUAUGAAGACGUGUGUUCGGGAACCACGAACCAUAAUGAAGUUGUGAGGGUUCAGUACGACCCUAAGGAGUGUAGCUAUGAUGCUUUGCUUGAUGCCUUCUGGGCUCGCCAUGAUCCUACUACCCUCAAUCGCCAGGGGAAUGAUGUGGGAACGCAGUAUAGAUCUGGUAUAUACUAUUACAACCCUGAGCAGGAGAAGGCAGCACGGGAGUCCAUGGAAAAACAGAUGAAACUCUUGAACAGAAAUAUUGUUACAGAAAUUCUGCCUGCCACGAAGUUCUAUAGAGCAGAGGAAUAUCACCAGCAGUACCUUGCAAAAGGAGGUCGUUUUGGUUUUAAACAAUCUGCUGAGAAAGGGUGCAAUGAUCCAAUCCGAUGCUACGGCUAAGUUGCCACUAUUCUAUGUGCGGUUCUGAGCUUUUGAUUGUUUAUAAUUGUCUGCUUUUGUCUGUCACUGGCAUCUUAUAGGUUUAACAACCUUUUUUCUUUUUUGAUGGAAUGAGUCACGGAUUUGUAAUUAUAUACUGUCAGCAGGCCAGCAUCUACAUUUUGUAUAUCUACUGAUAGGAGAUCAUGCUAAACGUCAAUGUGGUAAUUAUGUUUUAAUACUGAAAUAAAGCCUCUGUCAUGGACGAGGUUAUCUUUCAUCUAUUUUAAACCCAAUGUAGUCACCUAAAGCCUUGAGACAAUAGGAUGAUUUACUUGAUUUGCUUUAGCAUUUCAAUGAAAACAGGUCUUUGCUUU